AAAAUGCUAAUUUGCUGCCUGCCAUUAAAGCCACUGAAGAAGGCGGCAGGGAGACAUUGGCCAGGGAUCUUGACAGUCACCCUGUUAAAUAUGUUGUCGAGACUAGUGCUGGUUUCAGGCCGGGCCCUGAAAAACAGUGGCUGUUUCGGUGCUUGCCUUGUACAGGCCUCCCAUUCCUUUCAUCAGUCCUCCCAGAGCCAUGCACCAGUACCUCCUCUACCUGACAAGGGAGGCAAGGUCCGCCAUGGCAUCAUCCCUGAAGAGCUUUUCACAUUGCUGUACCCAAAGACUGGCGUCACAGGUCCAUACAUGCUGGGUACUGGUUUGCUCCUGUACUUUCUGUCCAAGGAAAUCUACGUAAUCAAUCACGAGACCUUUGCCGCAGCGUCCAUCGGUGCAGUCAUCAUUUAUGGCAUUAAGAAGUUUGGACCCAGUGUUGCCGCCUUUGCAGACAAAAUCAAUGAGGAGAAAGUGGCAAAGGCCCAGGAAGUGAAGAAUCUGGCCAUGACCAACCUGACUCAGGCCAUUGAGGAUGAGAAGAAGGAGCAGUGGAGAGUUGAAGGACGACAGAUGCUCUUCGAUGCCAAGAGGAAUAACGUGGCUAUACUGCUGGAGACCAACUACAGGGAACGUCUGCACAGGGUGACCAAUGAGGUGAAGAAGAGGUUGGAUUACCAGGUGGCGCUUCAGAAUCUGCAUCGCCGCAUGGAGCAGGAGCACUUGGUCAAUUGGGUUGAACAGAGCGUCAUUAAAAGCAUCACCCCACAGCAGGAGAAAGAAAGCAUUGCAAAGUGCAUUUCUGAUCUGAAGGUCCUGGCCAAGGCCACUCAAGCUCGGGCCACAGUAUAGGUCUCAAUCAAUGUCCACACUGAAGCCUCCUGUGUUCAAUUGAAAUUAUACCCGUCUGGCAGUGUUGUCAAAAGUGUACAUACCCGUAUAAAAUAAAAGCUUUGGUUA